GAUCAUUGUGCAAAGCAGCAACACACCCUGAAAGCUUAUACCUAAAGUUACCUGUGGGCUGCUGACGUUUUCAUAAACAGCUGGGAGUCCUCUUCAUACGGAUGAAGUCGUCUCUGAGGCACAAUGGAACAAUGAACUGUUAUGUGUUUUUUCUCUAAAUGAUAUGGGACUCUGCGAAAGCUGCGGUGUCAGGAGCACACCCUGCUGUAUCCGGGUAUACUCGUGCGGCUCCUGUUUAACCGGGAUAUGCGGGGCCAAUAGCCUACAGUCAAUUUCACACAAACUCAUCUAGGCUCCCUAACUAACUUCAGACGCCUAAGGUGAAUUUCUUUGCAAUGGAAACCCUGCCAAUAGGUUGGACUUUGCACACCUGUGACCAGCAGGAGGGAGACAGGGCAGGACUGUUGAAGAGGGGAGUCGCUGACACCAACUCAAACACACAUGUCCAAGAUCUGUUUCAUGAAGAUGCACAGGGCUUCCAGCUGUCCAGCCAGCCAUGGUGGAGGAUCAAACUGUUUGUGUGGGAGCCGGUGCUCUUUGGUACCUGGGAUGGCGUUUUCACCACCUGCAUGAUCAAUAUCUUCGGUGUGGUGCUAUUCCUAUUUACCGGCUACCUGGUGGGGAACACGGGCGUGCUACUUGGGAUGUUUCUGGUCUCCUUGGUUGUGCUGGUUGCUUUAGUGACGGUGAUGUCGGGCAUCGGAGUGUGUGAGCACUGCGGUGUUGGGAGUGGAGGAAUCUACUCCAUGAUCUCCACCGUCCUGGGUGGCAGAGUGGGGGGCACUGUUGGCCUCCUUUAUGUGUUUGGACAAUGCGUAGCUGGAGCCAUGUACAUCACAGGUUUCUCUGAGUCGGUGGCGGAGCUGCUGGGUCUACAGAACCAGUGGGCGGUGCGCAGCAUGUCAGCGGUGGUGCUGCUGGCACUGCUUGGAAUUAACCUGGCCGGUGUCAAGUGGAUCGUCCGACUCCAGCUGCUACUGCUAGCUGUGCUGGCCGUCUCCACGCUGGACUUUGUCAUCGGCACCUUCACGCACCUUGACCCAGAGCAUGGUUUCGUUGGUUAUUCAGCCACGCUGCUCAACAGCAACAUACUGCCAGAUUACACACCAGGAGAAAACUUUUUCACAGUCUUUGGGGUCUUCUUCCCUGCUGCUACAGGGGUUAUGGCAGGUUUCAACAUGAGCUCAGACCUUGAGCGGCCUGAACACAACAUCCCGUUGGGAACACUGGCAGCUGUCUUCACCUCGUGGUUCCUGUAUCUGGUCUUUGUCUUCCUUCUGGGGGCCAUCUGCACCAGAGAAGCUCUGCGCUAUGACAUCUUGAUAGCUGAAAAGGUCUCCUUGGUGGGCUUCCUCUUUCUGCUGGGCCUCUACAUCUCCUCCCUGGCUUCCUGCAUGGGUGGCCUGUACGGAGCACCCAGGAUCCUCCAGUGCAUCGCCCAAGAGAGGGUCAUCCCUGCUCUGGCCUUCCUGGGAAGAGGGAAAGGCCCAAACAGGACUCCAGUGGCAGCUAUCUGUCUGACCAGCAUGGUGACCAUGGCCUUCAUUUUCAUCGGUCAGGCCAACGUGCUGGCCCCCAUCGUCAGCAUAAACUUCAUGCUCACCUACAGCUUCGUAGACUACUCCUACUUCAGUGUGGCCAUGGCCUUCCAGCUGCAGAAUAAAGACAAGAGGGACACCCUCGUCCCGCCCAAAAGAAACCAGCGUGGGUCAGCCAGGCAGGACUCUAGGCCUCUCAUCGAGGCCACUCUCCCAAGCUAUGGGAGCGGAGGCGAGAGUCUGCAGGGUAAAGGCACGUUGUUGGAGUUCACCAAGGACAUGGACCAGAUCUUUCCCCCCGUGUCAAAUGUUAAUGCUGGGCCUGAGAAGACCUCCUCCAUGCUGAGCAGUAGAUACAAGGGCAUGAAGCCUAAUGUCACCAAUAAGCAGAUGCUGAUUGACAGCUUUAGCUUGGAUCUAAACAGCAAUAUGUUCUCCGAAGACAAAGCAGAGGAGAUGAGUUCAGCUCCACCACAUGAGGAAGAUGAGGUGCAGUGUGGAGGCGGGGAGCCCAGAGCUGGAGAAGAACCACAAGUCAAAUGCCGUUCAAAAAUGCACCAUGCUGAGCAGGAUUCAUCUGCUGACCCUCACAAUCACAGCGCAGGUGCUGAAGCUGACCACCAGAGCUUUGAAAUCAAACCCAUGAAGGAUUCAUUGUAUGCAAAAUUCUGCAACCACUGGGUUGCUCUUAUCGGGGCAUUAAGCUCCAUAUUUAUUAUGUUUGUUAUUCAGUGGGCUUAUGCCUUAGCAAACAUAGUCUUUGCUUUGGUGCUUUUCUUCUACAUCGGGAAAACAAGCCCUGGACUACCUAUAGGUCUCGCAGAUCAAUUCAGCUUGUUCUCGUGGCUCAAAUCAACAUUGAAUGGCAUUUGCAGGAGAAAAGGAUCUCCUCGAGAUGAGAUGGUAGUCACCCCCUCUAUCUUCAGGGUCGGGCUGAAAACCAAGCAGCUGACAGAGGAAAAUGCUGACUUUGCCUCUCGUCACCGCUAUCACCAAUCGUCAUUCAUCAGGGCCGAGAAGAUGGUGCAACCACCACUCCACUCCACUGACUGACUUAAACUCUGCCUCUGUUACAUGUCAUAUACAGUAGCUGUCAGCCUGAAACCACAUUUUCUGCCUCAAACUGUGUCUCAUGUUGCCCUGUAGGCCACAUUCUGCUCACAUAGAUCAUUUUUCCUCCUUAAAAGUGAACUAAAUUAAAAGUUAAAAUAGUUUAUUUUGUCUUAAUAUAAUUGUAUGGCUAUAGUAAAGUAUCACAAUCUUUGUUGAAUGUUUUUGUUGUCAAAUUACUGCUGGGUGUCUUCCAAGAACUCCAGCCACCAUAAAUGUUUAAUUAAAAUGUGUUACUUCA